AUGUCUCAGUCUGCUGCUGAUCCGCCUCUUCCACGCGACCUCAGCCACCACUUUUCCCAGUCAACCAAGAACCGAGGCGCCAGCGCUGUCAAGCAACUCUACAAAUUCUUCCAGGUCCCUGGUAUUGGAAAUCUUGCUGGAGGCUUGCCUAACCCCGGGCUCUUUCCCUAUGACACUCUCGAGGCUCAGGUAGCGCUGCCUGAUAGAUGGCCUCGCGAAGUGAACAAGAAUGGCCCGGCCGUGGCACCAAAGCAUGCCGCAUCCCAUCUCGUAAUCCCCGCCAAGGAUGAUCAGGUCGACCCUUCAAAGAAAAUCGACCUGGCGACAGCACUGCAGUAUGGCACUGCAGAUGGCUACCCGUCGUUGCUCUCAUUUGUUCGCCAGUUCGUACGUAACCACCUCCAUCCAAAUGUGCCCUAUCUCAACGGGCCGGAGGUCAUUCUCACCACUGGCGCCACCGAUGGUUUCUCCAAGGCCGUGGAGUUGAUCGUCGAGCCCUGGGUUGCUGGCCGGGACCCCGUGGAGGAUCGCCCAGGCAUGUUGUGUGAAACAUACGUGUACAUGAAUGCCCCCAAUACGGCGCUACCCAGGGGAGUGCAGGUCGUCCCCGUGGAGGUAGAUUCCGAAGGCAUGAGUGUUGACGGCCCAGGGGGUCUGAAGGAUGUUCUUGAGAACUGGGAUUACAGCAAAGGCCGAGUGCCUCAUUUCAUCUACUCUGUAACAACGGGCCACAACCCAACCGGUGGACUCCAGUCAAUCGAAAGACGAAAGGCUAUUUACGCUCUAUGCUGCAAGUAUGAUAUUAUUCUCAUCGAGGACGAGCCAUAUUGGAAUCUCCAAUAUCGCGUAGAUAGAGACGGCCGGGCACCGUCGCAAGAGAAAGCUCACGGCCUAUCAAAGUCUACCGGAUACGAUUUCUUGGACUCGCUGGUCCCUUCCUCCCUCAAUCUGGAUACUGAGGGCCGUGUUAUUCGUAUCGACACAUUUUCCAAGACGAUCGCUCCAGGCUGCCGUCUUGGUUGGGUCACUGCCCAACCUGCCUUUAUUGAGCGUCUCCUUCGAAUCACAGAAACAAGCACACAGCAACCCUCUGGCUUUGUUCAGUCGCUGGUAGCUGAAGCCAUCAUGGGCCAGCAGCCUGAAGCCACAACUAGACGCUUCCACGGACUCUCUUCUAAAGACAAGGCCUCGUUCGAGGGCUGGAGUAUGGAUGGUUGGGUCCGAUGGCUCGCGGGUCUCCGCGGUGUUUAUGAGGGCCGCAUGGCCGAGAUGUCCACUAUCCUUGAUGAGCACUCCUACGAGCUCAAGCAAUCCACCCCAGUUCGUGAUUCUGAUACCGAAUGGGGUGUGAUCACCAAGACUCGCUUGUUAUCCUUUAAUUGGCCAAAAGGUGGUAUGUUUAUCUGGGUUCGUAUCCAUUUCGAGAACCAUCCGCUGUGGCAGGCACGUGGAGAAGCGAUCGGAGGAGAUGCCGGAGUGUUGGUCGAUGGCCCAUUGCUGGCCAAGGCUCUCAUGGUAUUUUUAUCUCAGAAGCCAUAUCUCGUCCUUGCCGCCCCUGGUGCUAUGUUCGGCGCUACUGCCGAGAUUCAACGGGAGAGAAGCUGGAAGUAUUCCCGCUUAUGUUUUGCGGCCGAGGACGAGGACCUUGUUGGGCCAUGUGCAACGAGAUACGCAACGGGUAUCCAGAAAUUUUGGAGAAUCAAGAGCGUGGCGGAGAUCAAGAAGCUGGUUUCGAAGCUGGACAGCGAGGGUGUAGAGCAGCUUGAGCAAGGCAUGGGCAACCUCGGUCUUAUGGCUGGGUGCUAG